AUGCAGAGCCGAUGCGCGUGGGGCUCCGGAAUGUUCCCUGAUUGCUUCUUCCACCUCACCACCACCCGGGAUGAGAAGCAACAUGACAUGAAGCAAUUGAACCAGACGUUCUCCUUGUUCUCCUUGUACUGUGCACGAUAUGGGAAACCUCCCCCUUGUCAAGCACGGCCACGGACCAAUGAGAUUCAGUGGGGGGGAACAUCCGAAGAGCCCUACCAGCGCUAUCAUCUGACCUUGAGACUCGCCUCGGCAGAUACGGGGGAAGAGAAGAAGAAGACGAAGAAGACGGAGAAGAAGAAGGAGGAGGAGAAGAAGGGGGGGAGCGGCAAGGACAAGCCAUCUGGCGCUUUCUUCUUCUGA